AUGGACCAACCCGCAGCACAGCAGCAGGGCGACCUGAAUUGGCGCCUCAGCGCCCAUCCCAUCACCCUGCUUUUCUUCCUCGGCUUUCGAAUCGGAAGUCUUUUGAUGUACCUCUUUGGGUUCCUGUUCAUUGGGAAAUUUAUUCUCACUUUCAUCGUCACCCUCCUCCUCCUCGCCGCCGACUUUUACUACCUCAAAAACAUCGCCGGACGACGCCUGGUCGGUCUUCGCUGGUGGAACGAGGUCAACACUUCUACCGGAGAUUCUCACUGGGUCUUUGAGAGCUGUGAACCAAACACCCGCACCAUCACCGCCACCGACAAGCGCUUCUUCUGGCUCAGUCUCUAUUCUACGCCCGCUCUGUGGAUCGCAUUGGCUAUUUUCGCUCUUGUGCGCAUGCAGAAUGUCAUUUGGCUGAGUUUAGUCGCAAUUGCGCUGGUCUUGACCAUUACAAACACUCUGGCCUUUUCGCGGUGUGAUCGCUUCAGCCAAGCCAGUACGUUUGCGAAUAGUGCGCUUUCGGGGGGUAUUGCGUCGAACCUUGCCUCGGGGGUUAUUGGCAGGCUCUUUCGGUAG